UAUAAAACUUUUUAUACAAGACUUGAACAAGACGCAAGAGAAGCAGGAGAAAUAAGUCAUACCACAGGAUAUGGAAAAGAGCAUUAUGAUGAAAUCGGCUCUCUUUUUCGCUCUCUUGAUUUUGUAGCUGGGCUGGAAAUGAGAUUUGCAGAAGGGAGGGGACCCAUUGUUUCUGGAAAAUGCAACAAAGUGGAAGAGUGUGAACAUACACCAUUUUGCGAUGGAUGCAAAGUGUGUUCGUGUCUAGAAACACACUUGUGGUUGUGCUCCAACUUGUUGUGUGAUGCUAAUACUAGUGAUAACAAUGUCACCGCUACUACUAGUACUCUACAUCAUACCAUCAAUUCUUCAUCUCUAGCGCAUUGAAGCUACCGUUGAUCAUCUAUUAUCGGCCUUUAUUUUGCAUAUUAUAUUAUUAUGUUGAACUUUGUCUAUGUUGAGACAAAAUAAAAUAAUAAUAACUGUAUGGUGUAGUAAGGAACUAAGUCAGAAAAAAAAAAA